AUGCGAGACUUUGAACGGCAGCGCACGCUGUUACUCAAAACGCUUCUGCUAAUCCUUUACCUUUUGCAAAAUGGCCUGGAGCCGUUUUGCCAAUGGGUCCGCCGCCAGCGCCCCAAGUUCGAGGCCCUCACCUAUGCCAACGACGACACCAUCCGCCAACGGGCGCGCACGAUUGUCGAUUUGGUGUCGAACAUCGACCAGUUGAAAAGCUACCGCGUCGACAUUCACCGCUACCGUUCUGACAUGAACACUCCGGGACUCAAGCGGACGCUGAUCGACGUCGAUGACAUCGCCACCAUCGUGGCCGAGGACCCUCGAGGCGUCAAGUCAUUCGACUUACCGCGCCCGAACCGGUAUAUGGGAAUUCUGCUCGACACCUUAAUCGAAGAGGCAGCGUGA